CUGACCACCUCUCUCCUCUCUCCCGCAGACGAUCUCUCCCCUGCUCCGCUCAGGCGGCAGAAGUACUUCUUUGACGUCUCCACGCUCUCUGACAAGGAGGAGCUGGUGGGGGCCGAGCUGCGGCUCUUCCGCCGCCCCCCCGCCGGCCGCCCGCCACCCUCCGCCGCCGCCCCCCUGCUGCAGCUCUUCCCGUGCCUCUCCCCGCGCCCGCUGCACUCCCGCAGCGUGGACCCGCGGGCGGCGGCGGCGGCGGGCUGGGAAGUGUUCGACGUGCGGCAGGGCUUGAGAACGGGCCGUCCUUGGAAGCGGCUGUGCCUGGAGCUCCGCGCCUCGGCCGCCCGCGGGCCGCCCCCCCGCCGCUGGUUGGACCUGCGGGGCCUGGGCUUCGGGCGGCGGCCGCGGGCGCCGCAGGAGCGGGCGCUGCUGGUGGUGUUCACCCGGGCGCGGCGGCGCAGCCUGCUCGGGGAGCUCCGGGCCGAGCUGGGCGCGCCCGCGCCGUCCCCCCGCCUCCCGCCCGCCCGGCGCCAGCGCCGCACCGCCUUCGCCAGCCGGCACGGCAAGAGGCACGGCAAGAAGGCUCGGCUGCGCUGCAGCAGGAAGCCGCUGCACGUCAAUUUCAAGGAGCUGGGCUGGGACGACUGGAUCAUCGCCCCGCUGGAUUACGAGGCCUACCACUGCGAGGGGGUGUGCGACUUCCCGCUGCGCUCCCACCUGGAGCCCACCAACCACGCCAUCAUCCAGACCCUCAUGAACUCCAUGGACCCCGGCUCCACGCCGCCCAGCUGCUGCGUGCCCACCAAGCUGACCCCCAUCAGCAUCCUCUACAUCGACGCGGGCAACAACGUGGUGUACAAGCAGUACGAGGACAUGGUGGUGGAGUCGUGCGGCUGCAGGUAGCCGCCGGCCGCCCCUGUUCGGGGGCUGCGCGUUGGAGGAGCCGCUCCGGCGGCGGACGGAGACCGGGGGCGGCCCGGGGCGGGGAGAGGCGGGCGGGGAAGAAGGGCCCGGCGGGCGUCAGCCGAGCCGCGCCUCCGCCCCGGGGCUCUGAGCGCUCCGGCCGCCCUUCCGACGGGGUGAAAUACGGCGAGAAACGGGCGGAGAGGGAGAGGGGCAGAGCAAAGGGCUGCUCUGUUCCUGCCCGCUCUCUUUCGCAUUCCUGCAGGGUGACGGGCCUGGAACAGCCCGCCCCGCUCCAUCAAAAGGGAAAAAAAGAAAAAAAAAAGAAAAAAAAGAAAAAAAAACUAAAAAAAGAGAGAGAAGUGCCCGAGAUUGUGAUUACCGGACAGG